CCUCUCAGUGAUUCAGAUGAGAGUAUUGUGGAAGACACCGAUUAUGAGGAUUCUAUAAAGGAUUAUUCUGAUGUGCAAUCAGACAUUGAAGUUGUUCCAAAGCUGAGAAGGGCAAAAAGCAUUCAGAUGAGAAAAGUAUCCAAAUAUUCUGAUGCCCUCUACAAUUCAAGUGAUGACAUUACAGAGGACACAUCUACUUGGUCUAAGUCUGAGAUGGCUUCACAAAGGCCAAAGAGAGGCUGCGUCCAUCCUAUGCAAAAGAUUCUUGUAGGAUCAGAUGCCUCAAGUGCAGAUAGUGGAGAGGAGUAUAUUCCAGGUCCCAUGGAGGAGAGCACAGACAGUGACUGCAGCUUGGAAAUACCCAUGGCAAAUAAGAAUAUGAAAAAAGUAUCUACUAUUCCAAAAAGAUGCAAGUCUUCCAGUAAGGAUAGGUUCAAGUCUUCCAGUCAGAGCCAGUUCAAGUCCUCCAGCCAGAGCCAGUUUGAGUCCUCCAGUCAGAGCCAGUUCAAGUCCUCCAGUCAGAGCCAGUUUGAGUCCUCCAGCCAGAGCCAGUUUGAGUCCUCCAGUCAGAGCCAGUUCAAGUCCUCCAGUCAGAGCCAGUUCAAGUCCUCCAGCCAGAGCCAGUUUGAGUCCUCCAGUCAGAGCCAGUUUGAGUCCUCCAGUCAGAGCCAGUUCAAGUCCUCCAGCCAGAGCCAGUUUGAGUCCUCCAGCCAGAGCCAGUUUGAAUCCUCCAGUCAGAGGGGGUUUGAGUCUUCCAGUCAGAGCAGCAGCUUUGAAACAAACAAUGGUCCUGCUGAAAGCACUUGUAUGAAUGAAGAGAAGGUGGGGCAAACAUGUACUGAUGAGCAUGAGCUUGAAAACCAUGAAAACAAUGCAUCUGUCUAUGUUAAUCCAGUUUUGAAGAAGGAGGAUGGUUCAAGACGGUAUAACAAGAAGCAUCACUGCUUUUAUUGUAAAAAAGUAGUUCAAAAAAUGUCAAGACAUUUGUUACGUAGCCACAAUGAUGAAAUUGACGUUUCAAAAGCAUUCAGUUUUCCAAAAAACUCAAAAGAAAGACGACUGCACUUAGAUUUAAUCAGAAACAAAGGAAACUUUGAACAUAACACUGAAGUUUUGGAGAGCCAGAAAGGAAAGCUAAUACCAUUCAAGCAGCCAAAGAAAAAGACUGAGGGACAAAAAUUUCUACAUUGUGUGUACUGCUAUGGACUGUUUACAAAACGAGUCAUGUGGCGACAUUUUCAGGUUUGCAAAUUCAAGCCUCAGGACAAGACAUCUAAACCAGGUAAAACAAGGAUCCAGACACUGUGUGCUUUUGCUGAACCAGCUCCUCCUGGAUUUAGUGAUGCAUACUGGAAGUUCUUGAAUGAUAUGAAUCAAGACGAGAUUGCAAUAGCUGUAAAGAAAGACCGCUACCUUCUGGAGUACGGCUACAGACUGUUCAAGAAGAACGAAAGGGUAAUCAGCCAACACCAGCAUAUUCGACAAAAGCUGAGGGAGCUUGGCAGGCUGAUACUGGCAGCAAAAAAAGUUGCACCAGCGAAGACUAUAAAAGAACUUAUAAAACCUGAAAAGUAUGUUCAUGUUGUCACUGCUGCAAGAUGCUUAGCUGGAUUCAGUGAUGAAACAGGCAAAUAUAAAUGUCCAUCACUGGCUCGCAAAGUUGGACACAGCUUGCUUGCUUUGGCCAUGUUUAAGAAGUCUGAAGGAUUGAAGGCUAGAGAUAAAGAAACAGUCCAAGACGCUGAGGAAUUUGCACAGCUAUACCAAGAAAGCUGGAAAUUUGACAUUGCAAGCCAAGCACUGAUUCAGCUCGACCAGUCGAAGUGGAAUUCUCCUCAACUCUUACCAUUCACACAGGAUGUCCAAAGUCUUCAUGCCCAGUUGUCUGAAAAACAACAGCAACACUUAGAUGCCCUGAAAGAAGAGGUUUCCCCCUCAAACUGGAAAGACCUGGCAAAAGUGACGCUGGCACAAGUUAUCCUCUUCAACCGACGGAGAGAAGGAGAGGUAUCCAAAAUGCCCUUGUCUGUGUACUUGUCAAGAGACCUAUCAGAAACGCAUGAAGAUGUUAACUUGGCCCUUACAGAACUUGAGCAGAAGCUUUGCAAACAUUUUGUCCGGAUAACCAUUGUUGGAAAGAGAGGAAGGAAAGUUCCUGUUCUCCUCACUCCACUCAUGAGGGAAUCUCUUGAUACUCUGGUUGAGAAGCGAGAAGAAUGUGGGGUACUGACUGAAAAUGGUUUCUUGUUUGCAUUGCCUCAUUCUGUCCACCACCUCAGGGGUUCUGACUGCAUAAGACAGUUAGUGCAUGAAUGUAGUGAUAUCAAAAAUCCCAAAGCUCUGACCUCAACAAAACUCAGGAAGCACAUUGCAACACUCUCUACUGUUCUAAAUCUGAAGAACACAGAACUUGACCAGCUGGCAGAUUUCCUUGGGCAUAACAUUGAUGUACACAGAAAGCACUACCGCCUUCCAGAGGGGACCCUCCAGCUCGCCAAAAUAAGCAAAGUUCUUCUGGCAUUGGAGCAGGGAAAGCUAGGCAAAUACAAAGGAAAGAGCUUGGAUGAAAUUCACAUCGAUCCAAAUGAGACUGUUGAAAUUGAAGCUUGUUCACAAGAGGACAUGGAAGAUGCCAGCAUGGCAGAAGGCCAGGGGUCGGAAGAUGAGACCAUCAUCACGUCAUUACAAGAAAGGACUUUUGCCCAAAACCAAAGGAGGGAGUUUGCGAAAAAGAGUGUAAGCAGGCACAUUGUACACGAGGUUGGUACUCAGUUCCUCCCACUCCAGUUCGAAGCUGCGCGUAUGUUGGACUUCGGUGUUUGGAAAGCCAUUGCUGGCAUUACAGAGACACAGGAGUCAGAAGAUGCGGACAGUGUGACGCCACUGCCAGACAGCACAUCUGCAGCAUCUGCCCAAAACCAGAGAAGCUCUGCAAAAACUAGAGAUGGCAGUAUACCAGAAGCUCAGGAAUCAGAAGAUGAGGCCAGCACCGCAUCACUACAAGAGAGGACCUCUACAGCGUCUGCCCAAAACCAGACAAGGUUUUCAAAAAAGAGAGGUAAACAAACUGUUGUUAAAAGAACCUGGACACCAGAGGAAUGUGCUGCAGUAGAACGCCAUUUAAAGAAAUUCAUUCUGAUGAACCAAGUCCCAGGGAAGGAGGACUGUCAGCGCUGCAUCUCUGCAGAACCUCAAGCCCUGAAGAGUCGAGACUGGAGGGCAGUGAAGUACUUUGUUAAAAAUCGAAUUGCUUCUCUGCGAAGAAAGUUAGAGUGAAAGUGUUUCUCUGUACAGGGUAAAAGAUAGGCUUGUAGGAGGAAGUGCUAUAAUAUUUGAGAUAGCCCUACUGGAGGCAGAACAGAACACGAAAAUGUUUUUAUAUUCUCUGAAGUCUCAUAUAUAUAAAAUAGAUUCUUGCAUUAUAACGUACACUGAGCUCAGGUGCAUCAACUUCCCACUCAGUCUGACUAUUUAUUUCUGAAAUUAUUCAGUGAAUGUGCUGCAGUAUUCAUAAAUAUAACCACUUUACAUUAAAAUGUUUAUUCCAGAAUCUACUUAAUAUAUCUGAGACUGUAGAGCAUCUGAAAACAUGUUUGUGCUCUGUUUUACCUCCAGUAAGGGCAUCUGAAAUACUAAAGCUGUCAAAGUUGCCAAUGUUAUCAUGUUUUUAUGUUAUUAUAUUUUGUUCUUAUCAACACAAGGAGCUGUCAGACUGCUUUCCUGUAAUCAAAGCUCACAGUAAUAAUCAGCAGUUGAUUCAUGUUCAGCAGGUGAUUGUUUUUUGAUCAUCACUGCCCUGUCUACCCAAUGUGAGGAGAGAAGAUGCAGGAUGUAAACCUCUGAUGCAGCCUUGCAGUAUUUUGUUAAUAAAAAACCUAUAGAAACAACUGAUAUCUCCAUCUAGUUUUUGGUCCCUGCAAAGGUAGAAGGACUAGAAAUAUCUGUGUGUGUGUGGAAGUGGAUCCCACAAGUGACAAAUGCUAGAAACGUGUCCCAUAAGUGACCAAAAAAACUAGCACAGAGAAAAA